AUGGUCUUCCCCAAUACUGGCUUUCUUGCUGCCCUGACCCUGGCGCAAGCAACUUUACCCCUCGGAGUCCUCGCCGCCCCAUCGUCGUCGACUCUGCAGGCCUGCGCCAAGAUCGCGGCUCUCCUGCCCUCCGGCAGGGUCCAUUACCCUCAGAAUCUGGUCGAGUACAAUGCCGAGCGCUCGGCUUACUGGUCGACGGCCUCGCGUGCCCUGGAGCCUGCGUGCAUCGUGGUCCCGCAGAACGCUGAGCACGUCUCCGCGGCCAUCAUGACACUGCUCAGGUUCCCAUCCGUCAACUUUGCCGUGCGCAGUGGCGGGCACGACCCGAACGUCGAGCACGCAUCGGUGCAGGACGAUGUGCUCAUCGCCAUGACAGCUCUCGCGGGUGUGCGAUACGACGCCGCUACGGGCCUCGCGCAUGUCAAGCCCGGCGGGGAGUGGAACGAUGUUAUCGGCGAGCUGGAAAAGAGUGGUGUUGCCAUUGCUGGUGGCCGACUGGGCUUGGUAGGCAUUGCCGGACUGCUCCUCCAGGGAGGUCUCUCGUUCCUGAGCGCGCAGCAUGGUCUUGCGGCUGAUAGUAUCAUCGGAUGGGAGACGAUCGCGGCUAACGGCUCGAUCAUCAACAUCGACGCCACUCAGCACCCAGAUCUUACCGUUGCCAUGCGUGGAAGCGGCAGCCAGUUCGGCAUCGUGACCGAGUUCAAGGUCAAGGCCCGCCCGAUUGGCAAAGUCUGGGGCGGUAUCCGCAUAUACAACGCCUCCCAAGAGACUGAGCUCUACGCGGCGCUACACAAAUUCGUCGCCAAUGGCGCGUCCGACCCCAAAGCGGCCAUCAUCCACUCAAGCAUCGUCUUUUCGGGUAUUCAGUCGCACGUCGUCUUCUACUUUUACGACGGCCCUUCACCGCCCACCGAGGGCGUGCUCGCAGAAUAUCUCAGGAUUUCGUCCACGCUGGACACUACAAAGGCUCGAAGCUAUUCUGAUCUACUGAAGAGCAACGGCGAGCCUGUUGCACCCCUCAAUGCACGCCAAUCUUUCCGUACAUACACGCUCCCCUUCAUCCCAAGCAACCCGGCCGUCUACGUCCUCACCCGCGACAAGUUCACCCAGAUCGCCCAGCCGUUCCUCGCCCGCACGACGUCGCAGUUCACUGUCGACUUCCAGCCCCUCCCGUCGGCCGUGGGCGCGCACUCUGAGCUCGCUGGCGGCAACGCGAUGGGCCUGCGCGGCGGCGACCCGGACCGCACGAUCCUCGUGCUCCAUGGAAGUUGGGAGUUCGCGUCCGACGAUGAUGCGGGCCACGCCAUCGCGCGUGAGGUGAGCGAGUGGCUGGACGCCAUGGUGCCCGAGUGGCUCGGGCAGGCCGGCAUGAACAGCACCGGCUUGUACAUGCCUCUGUUUAUGAACGACGGUGCUUGGGACCAGAAUGUCACGGGGAGCUACGGCGACUAUGCGCGCUUCAAAGCUCUGCAGGAGCAGAUGGAUCCGCAGCAAGUGUUUGCGCAGCGGCUCGGCGGGUUCAAGUAUUGA